GAACGGGCAGACGAACAGCCGAGUCUUAGUAUUAGGGUCUCCGUUUUACCCCUUGGGUACCCGUUUUGACCUAAAAAAACACAAAUUUAUCAUCACUAAUUUUAACAUUUGUAUUCGAUACUUUUAUUUUUUUUUAUUAUGCUACUUACUUAACAAUAUUUUUUUAAAUACGACCAAAAGUCCUCCUUUUCUCUAGUGGUCUCUCGGUUCGUUAACAAUUUAGUUAUUGCUGCUCCAAAUUCUAUUUCGAAAACUAACAUGAAAGUUUGUGUGUGUGUUUGUUACUCCUUCACGUUGGAACUAUUGAACUGAUUCGAAGAGAGAUUAUAUCCUGAAUUAACGUUAACGCAUUUAAGUAACAAAAUGCUGAGAGAACACUUACCUACAAUUUUAUUGCAUUUUAAUCUUACUCGUACCAAAAAAACAAGACAAAUGUGUUAGAUAAUUGAAGAAUAAAACUUCGUUUUACACAAACAUACCAACCUCUUUCAAAAUAAUACUAUUUUCUAUUUAUAAACACUUCAACACGUCAUGUCAGCGAAGUCAACUGCUGACAACGGUAACCAUGUAAACAAUUAUGUCAAUACCGCUACCCACGCUCGCUAACGGCUCGUUACAAUAAACAAACACCGAUUUCUGUAACUAUUUUAAACAAUACACAAAAUAAACAAUAAACAAUGAGCAUAAACAGAAAAUUUUCGAACCCCGCGUUGAAGAACAAGGAACAAUACGAAUUGAACGAAGAAUGGAAUAACUUUAUGAAGAAAAUAGGCGAAGUGUCCGGAUUGGUGAGAGAUAUGGCGAGUGGUGACAAGGAAAAGGCCGAUGCUGCCAAAGUUAUAGCUGAUGAGUAUCUCAAGGGUAAAAUAAUAUUGGACGAAGACGUAAAAUUGAAGGUGAAAGAAGAUAGAACCGUGAUCAAUCAAAAAGCUUUUCGAUCACUUAAUAAGACGGACGCUGGUGAAAUGGACAAAGAUGCUUGGAUGGCAGAAGUAAGCAGAGACGCGAAUCAGCGAGCUUUGGAUCGAAAGAUUCGCAAGGAGAAGGCCGACACUCUCAACACUCAAGCAAUCAAAGCUUUCCGUCGCCAAGAAUACGACAGAGCACUGUCCUGCUACAACAGAGCCAUAGAACAUAUCAAGGACAAUGCUAUGAUGUACUGUGAUCGUGCCUUGACAAACAUCAAACUCGGAAAUUACGAUAAGGUUUUCAACGAUUGCGAAUGGGCUUUACGACUGAACGAGAAUAGCUUCAAGGCACGUCUGUAUAAAGCUAAGGCGUAUAAGGAAUUAGAGGAAUUGGAUAAGCUGGAGGAAUGUAGGAGAGAGUUGAAUGAAAAGUUUCCGCAGCACGACGACCUUAUCAAAUAUUUCCUAGAUAAAGACGAAUGUAAUGACGAGGAAGAAGAAAAUUAAAAGAAAGGAAAUUGGUAUGAUACUAA